UACGAUUCGUGCGCGGCGCUUGCAACAUCAAAUUGUUUUUCGGUUUCCGUUUCGGCUUCCAUUUGUUGUGUUGUGCUGUGCUGUGCUGUGUUGUGUGUGUGUGGGAAAAAAUGCAACAAAUAUGUGUGUCCAUUAGUUGUAAACGUUUUGGCGCUUGUAAUUGGCGGCAGCUGCUUUUGUUUUGCCUUUAAGAGCAACCAACAGUGAAACAGUGAACUACAACGACAGCCACAACAAAAAAAACAACAGCAAUAGCAGCAGCAGCAGCAGCAGCUGAAGGCAAAUGCAUUCAAGGUGCGCUUAAUUAACAUGCAACUGGCAACUGGUAACUGGCAAGCAGCAGCAACGGCAACGACAGGCUAACGACAACAGCACGUCAGAGAGUGCAAUCGAAGUUAUCAAAAGAAACUAAAAUUGCCGGUAGGCAGCAACAUAAGCAACAGCAGCAACAUCAACAAAACUUCGCCAAUCAGUCAAAGGCUAAAGAUGAGUUGUGCAGCUGUGCUUAGGCUUUGCCCUGUAGCUGCUAAUUAAAGCGCGCAACAGCAACAAUUGCAACAUCGAUAGCAACAGCAACGACAGUAUCAGCGACAAUAGCAACACUAACAACUGGCAAUAGCAACAGCAGCACGGCAACUUCAACAGCAACAGCAACAUGUCACUCGUUUUGCGGAGUCAACGCGCCUUCAUUGAGGAAAAUGCUCGUCAAUUGCCAGGCAGUAAUAAUGGCACCCCGAGCUCCACGUUAACCAGGUCGGUGCGCAGCUGCAACUGCUGUCCGUAUGGCUACCACAUCGAUCUGGAUUUUGUGCGCUAUUGCGAGGCGCUGGCCAAUGCCAAGCCCAGCGAGGAGGAGCUGCAGCGACGCGAUCGUCGGCGCUCGCGCAAGUCUAUGGAGUUUAUGCUGGGCUUUGAGAGUCUCUUUGGCAGCGAUUGGCAGGCGGAAAGUCGUGUGCAGCCCAAGCUAAUAGAGGCCGCACAUGAAAGCGAACCAGAUUCGCCUCGCCCCGCUGCCGGGCAGUCGCCCAGCUAUCGGCCGCGCUCCUCGUCCGUGCCGCGCUUCACCUACAGCAACAGUUUGGCACCGCGCGCCGAGUCGCCCUAUGGCACAGCCUCCUCCACCUGCUCCUCGCUGCGCGGCGGCGUCGAGAGCGAUGCGGGCGUCUAUCAGUCGCCGAGGAGCCAGAGCAAUCACAGCUACGGGCAUGCUCGUCCGGCCAUUAGUCCGCCGGAGACUCGCGCCUUUCUCCACGAGGCACUCGACGAAGUCUGCAGCGAUUUCGAACGAACUCUGGAACGCGCCUCGACCAAGCGGCGUAAGGCGGGAGCCUACAGCUAUGCCAACGGUGGAUCGCACUCCAUGGAUCGCAACAAUAACAGUCUAAGUCUGAGCCUCAGCCUCAACAACGGCUACGGCUCCAAAGAGGCCAAGGAACGUCGCAUGGGCCACAGCACGUGGGAUCGUUACUUUGAUGUCGCAGACUCCUGCAUGGCAGGCAAUCGCUCGCCGCGUUCGAGCACUCCGCAUCUGUUCCAGCGCUCGAACACGCUGCCGCUGCAGCAGCGUCCCAGUCCCGCCGAGGUGCAGUACGAGAGCUAUGUGCUGGCCACGGUGGCAGCCAAUGCCAAGUCGCCGGUUGAGCAGCUGGAGCAGGCCAAGGUCACGCCGCCGCCACCGCCGCCGCGUCGCCACCACUUGACGGCCACGCCCAAAGCCACGUCCAAGCACACGAAUGGCCAUGACAGCGGCAGCCCGCUGCAGUCGCCCUCGAGCUCCGAGGCUGGACAGACCACGGCGGACGCGCAGGCACUGUGCCAGAUACGCGAGCAAAUGGCGCUGAGCCUAAAGCGUCUCAAAGACUUGGAAGAACAGGUCAAGGUCAUACCCGACAUGGAGCUGGAGCUCAAUUCGCUGCGCACUGAGAAGCAGCGCCUGCAGCGGCGCAACGAGGAGCUGCUGCGCAGCCAGCGGCAGACGCCCUCGCCGCCCAGUCCGGGCCUGAAGAACGGCUCACCCGUGCAGUUCACGCCGCAGCGCAUCAGCCCCGUCUCGCUGGAGAGCCUGGGCGCGCGCAUGCGCAGCAGCUCCUCGCCGAGCAUUAUACGACGCGAUGUGGCCACGCAGGCGGCCAGCAAAGUGGCAGCCACACGCGACGUGGCCGUUGGCGCCCAGUUGAGCGUGCGGCAUGUGGGCACGCAGCAAGCCGAGGCGAUCUACUCGCAGUCGGAGCUGCAGCACAAGAUCGAGCUGGCGGUCAGCGAGCGCAAGCAGCAGCGACUCAGGCAGCUCAUCUCGGUGGGCACUCAGAUGUAUGUGCCGCAGCGGGAGCAGCGCGAGAAGGGCGUGCAGACGGUGCCGGAGCGGCCGGUGCUCAAGCACAAUGUGAGCAUCAGUGCCAAGCCCACGACCAGGGAGAGUUUCACCAGCUGCCAGCCGGAAAUGCGCAGCGUGGGCAGCUCCGAGCAUCGCGUCACGGAUGUGCUCUGCGAGAAGUGCGCCAUUAGCAAGCGCAGCGUCAGCGUCGGCUGCGGCACAGAUGCGCCGCUGGAGAAGCCGAAGCCCGCGGCCCAGCUGCUGCCCGGACGCAGCAACACCUUCAGCCUCGGCGAGCACGAGCAGCUGGCCAUCAAGCGCAAGACCGUUGCCUCUCAGACGCUGCUGACCCCGGUGCACACCUCGUCCAGUCAGACCACAGCCACCACUGUGCGCUCCACUGGCGCCCAGGUCAUGCCGGAGCAGCAACAGAUGGCGACACAGUGCACGCGCGUGGAGUCGACUAGCCGGCAAACGGAUACGAAUGGACUGCAGCGGCUCACGCGCAGCGCCCUCAAGGCCGAGCAGCUGAUGGCGCCGCAGACGCGACCGUCCACAUGCCACACCGGCAGCAAUACCGAGCCGCCGCCGCAGCCAGUGCCUAAGCCCGAGCGCAGCACUGUCCACUCCGCCUGCAAUACGGAGCAGGUGCGCAAGCGAGACGUUGGUUGUGGCGACAUCGUCAAGCCGCACAUCUCGAUUGCCUGUGCCGCCAACUACUGUGAUUCCUGCAAGGAGGCCAUCCAGGUGCUGGCCAAGGAUUUCUCGAAGGCAGAGACCAGCGAGCUGCCAGCUGCUACAGCUACACCCACGAUGCGGCGCUCCACCUCAGCCGAUUCGCGCAUACCGCGCCCCAAACAUCUCACUAGUCCCAGCCCAGUGCGCCGGCAGUUCCAGAGGCAAAACACUUACACGCUGCCAGCUGCCGCAGGAGCGUCAGCGGCUCCAAAGAGUCCAAAGGCGGAACGAAAGGCACUUUUGAGCUCGCUGCAGGAGAAGCCGCCGAGUGCUGCGCUUGAUGCGUCGCCGGAGGCGCAGAGCUUUAUCAAACAGCCGUCCAGCAAAUCAAGCGCCACCUCCAAGGAUCUGGACCUGACGCAGCUGGGCGACGGUGAGCUGAUUGUGCGCGAGGAGAAGCGUGUCAGCAUUAGCUGGUCGCGCGAUGCCUCACCAGCCCCGCUGAUGACAUCUUCGGCGACGACGACCAGCACCAAGUCCGCCUCGCCGGAGCACGCGCUCACCGCUUCCAGUGACUCCGCAGUGGAGCGCGAGAUAUCGCAGGGAGCGCGUAAGAAGUCCAGUACGCCGCUCAAGUCUAGUCAGAGCGAGGGCUCCCAGGUGACCGUCAUCGAGCGGCAGACAGAUGUGGAGCCAAGCACAAAGGAGGAGCGUCCCCCAACCAAGGCACAGCUGCAUCAGCUGGCCCAGGCGCCAGCAGAGCCCAGGCAAAAGUCGGAGUUGGCCAAGGAGCUGAAGGAGGCGCUCAAAGCUAUCAGUGACUCGCUGCUCAAGAAACUGGGCUCCAGGCCAAUCACUUCCUUCAGCCUGAAGGCUUCCAAGGCCACUAUCGGAGACCAUUGGUUCCGCAUAUCCAGCACGGCGACAUCCAAUCCCCACGAAGUUGAGGACUAUUUGGACUACUUUGAAUCUCUGUCGGUGCCACUGCUCGAGUACUGUGUCAACCUCUCCGAUAGCAAUGGCAACACGGCUAUGCACUAUGCGGUCUCGCAUGGCAACUUUGACGUUGUGUCCAUACUGCUGGAUUCCAAGGUUUGCAAUGUAAACCAAAUGAAUAACGCCGGAUACACGUGCGUCAUGCUCGUUUCGUUGGCCAAGCUGAAGCAAGCGGCGCAUCGGACAGUCGUGGAGCGACUGUUUCAGAUGGCCGAUGUCAACAUACGAGCCAAAAAGCACUGCCAAACCGCAUUGAUGCUAGCCGUGUCGCAUGGCAACGGCGACAUGGUGGAGAUGCUGCUCGAAGCCGGCGCCGAUAUCAAUAUACAGGAUGAGGAUGGCAGCACGGCGCUGAUGUGCGCCGCCGAGCACGGCCGUGUGGACAUUGUGAAGCAUUUGCUGUCGCAGCAGGAGUGCGACUCACUAAUCCAGGAUGUGGAUGGCAGCACCGCCUUCAAGAUCGCCUGGCAGGCCGGACAUCGCGACGUGGGCUUGCUGCUGUACGUGCACGAGCAGAUGCUGCGCAGCAAGCUGCCCAAUCGCGGCGAGCCCAUACGCAAGUCGCUGCCAUUGCCCGCGCGCCCCAAGCCGCCCAAGUGAGGCGCCAACGGAGACGGCUGCCCGGCAGCCAUUUUGUAUUAGCGGCCAAAAAGUCGAACAAACCUUAGUGGUAAGAUUUUGAAUUAGCAUUUCGUAGCGCUGCCUAGGGAAAAUAGCUAAAGCAUUCCAUAUCAGUCAAGCUUAACUGUAAACUGUAAAAAAAAAAAAACAGCAAUUGUUCAUAAUCUAAAACACAAACAAAAGGCGCAAACAAUUCUCUUUAAGUUGUCUUUAAUUUAUUCUCUUAUUAAUUUCUAAUGUCUAAAGAGCUCACAACCUAACAUAAAUUGUGCAAGAAAUUUAUAAUUAAAUCUAAGUUUUAUAAUUAUGCCACUAAAAUCAAAAUGGAAAAUUGUCAGAAACUUAAUUAUUAAUUAAUUAAUUAUACAAUAAUUUACUACUUCUUUUAAGCCACUAAGAAAAUACUAAAAAUACUGCAUUAACCUGGGCUACACCUGUAGCAGCCAUAAAGCAACCAUAUCAGCAAACGACAAUGCAAAAAGCGACAAAAAAAUAACAAAAAAAAAAUAAAACAA